AUGGAGAAGAAAAAGACGCGGAUGAGCAACCCCUGUGACGGCUGCUCCCUGCGGCGGGUACGUUGCAGCGGCGGCCGUCCAUGUGGAGAGUGCCGGAAACGCUCUCUGGAUUGCACCUUUAUGCGAGUUCCUCGAAAAAGGGGACCCAAGGGACCGCGUGUGAGCACAUCCAACAGAGUCGCGCAGUACCAGGAACAGAUCCGUCAAGACCAAGCAUCUGACCCCGGCCCCGAGAGCCCGGACACGGGGCUGGGCCGCUCACCGCAAUCGCCGGUCUCGAACUUCGCCGACGAACAGAUCCGCCAGCGUCGACCGCCGUCCCAUUCGAGUAUGGACGACGGCGCCUUGGACCCCUUGUUGAAUGGCUUCGACCCCGGAUGCCCCCAGCUGCCGCUGUGGCUCUACAUCGAAUACCUGGAAAAGUUCAGGGACAGCCUCACUCCCGUCUGGCCCAUCGUCGACAUCGACUCCCUCGUGGGGCGGCUCAAAAAGCAGUCCCCGGACGACUACGAGGCCUUCGCCCUGGCGGGCGCCGUAUGCGCAACCGUCAUCGCCCAGCUCCGCCUCUCCCAGCUCCGCCUCCCCAAGCAGCAGAGGUCCACGUCGGACAUCAGCGUUGUCGCCGAGACCUUUGCGCGGCACGCGCAGCACCUGCGCGACCAGCACAGCUACCGCGAGAGCGAGUCGACCGACUCCCUCCUCACGGCCUUCUUCCUGCACGUCUACUUCGCCAACACGGAGAGGAUCCGGGCCGGCGCGAUGUACCUGCACGAGGCGAUCGCCCAGCUGUCUCUGCAGAGGCUGCACCAGCCCGAGACGUUCGACCACCUCCCGGAGGAGCAGAGGGAGUUGAUGCUGCGGAUAUUCUGGCUCGUUUUUGUCACUGAAAGAACAUUCUGUGUUCAAAACGGCUUCCCGACUUGCCUCUCCCCCAUACGAGCGUGGCCUUCCGAGAGGUAUCAAGUAUUCGGCCUGGGCGGUUUGGACCCGUCCUUUCAGCUGCUCUCCCGGCUGUUCACCCUGCUCGACGACAACCUGCUGAUGCCAGGAGAGAGGCUGGUCCCAAAGUCCGGCCCUCGCACCCCGGGCAGCCUGUACCAAGGGUUGUCGACCAUGGCCGAAGGCCCCGUGUCGGUAAUCGGGCCCACGCUCCCGGAGAUACAGCGAGUCAACGUCACCAUCACGUGGCACUGGAUCCGGAUCCUAUGGUGGCAGUACGCCCUGCAGCACUGUCGCAUGUCGAGCAGCAUGGAUGACACCAUGCUGUCGAUGCUGGGGCCCGCCUCGGUUGCCCAUCAGACCGUGCAACUAUUUGCGUCAGUGUCUCAUCAGGCGAUCCGGACGCAUGGAUAUGGGAUGGAGCUCAAGAUCUUUCGGAUUGCGGAUUCCUUGGUGGACCUGCUGGCAUGCAACCCGCGGCUUCUCAGCUCCGGGAGCGGUAUGCUCCUGGGGGCGAGAGACACCUUGCACGCUCUCGAAAAUGCCCUGGUUCUGGUGGGAGGCAAAGGAUCUCUGUUCUACAAGAAGCUUCAGCUUUGCAUGGCCGAAGUCCGGCUCCCGGUGGCUGACGUCCGAGCCUUGCCUUAUGAACGAGAGAUUACUUUGGAAGACGAGGCGUAG